AAUGGUAAAAGUGAUGAUAAAUGAUACAGGGAAGGUAUGCAAAACCCAUCAGUAGAAAGUUUUUCUUUCUUAAGGCCUUUAUAUCUUUUCAUUCCAUACAUACAAUCACAUAUAAUUCACAUACAUACAUACAUAUAUAUAUGGACAUACACAUAUACACGCAUAUUACACACAUACACACACACACACAUACAUACAUACAUACAUACACAUACAUAUACAUACACAUACAUAUAUGCGCAUAUACACAUAAAUACAUAUAUUUGCAUUAUAGAUGGCGCCCUAAAGGUGAGCACUGAUAAAUUUAUAAUGCCGCUUUUUUCUUUUCAUUCCAUUCAUGAAUUAAGCACGGGAAUA